AUGUGGCUCGAUCGCCUGGCAGGGCAGCAAUCCGCAUCGCCCUCUUCGUCCCAGCCAGGUAGUCGCGCAUACUCGCCUGCACCCGGGCGGCGGACCCCCAGCGGCCUCGGACCUUACUUGACAUCGUCCCAGCGCCCCGGCCUCACUCCCCGCUCAUCUUCACUGUCGUUGAUUUCCAAUGACAGCUCCACGUCCUCAUUGCUGGCUGCUUCGCGGAGGGCCAAUGGCUCGGCAUUGAAGCAAUCGACUACGGCGUAUGCAGGUCCAGAUCCUACAGAGGUGCUGGACAAGAUUCUUGGUCAGGGGCAGGAUGAGGCCCACGAGCAACCCACCUCUACCAUUACGCAACAUGACCUAGAGCUGCAAUUUGAAUUUGGAGGGCUCUCACUGACAAGCCUGGCACUCUCUGAAGAGCCCGCCAAAGAGAGCUCCAGUGUACAUAGACCGCAGACAGUUGAAGAAUACGAAAGAGACAAGACCAGAUUUGAAGACCUGCACCGAUCCAUACAGGCAUGUGACGAGGUUUUGAGCUCCGUCGAAACGAACCUGACGAGCUUUCGAGACGACCUAGCAGCUGUAUCCGCUGAUAUCGAGACCCUUCAAGCAAGAUCGACGGCUCUCAAUGUACGGCUGGACAAUCGCAAGGCAGUUGAAAAGGGGCUGGGCCCGAUUGUUGAAGAAAUGAGCGUAUCUCCCGUGGUAAUAUCCAAGAUAGUAGACGGCCACAUUGAUGAAGCUUGGGUCAAGGCCCUGGCCGAGGUGGACAAGAGAGCGACGGCACAUGAGAAAACCGCAGCAGCGUCCGCGUCAGGCAAAGGUCUCCAAGAUCUGGGCCCUCUUCUUGAAAAGUUGGUACAGAAAGCCACAGAGAGAAUACGAGAUUUUCUCGUGGGCCAAAUCAAGGCAUUGCGCUCACCGCAGAUCAAUGCCCAGAUCAUUCAACAGCAAAACUUUCUGCGGUUCAAGGAUUUAUAUUCCUUUCUCCACAAGCACCAUGCUGCCCUGGCGGAGGAGAUUUGCCAAGCAUAUCAGAAUACGAUGCGUUGGUAUUAUCACAACCAGUUCUCCCGCUAUGAAAUCGCGCUCCGGAAGAUCAAGCUCCAUUCACUCGACAAAUUGGAUGUGCUAGGAAACGAGGACACAUCACGGAAAACUGGCGUGCUGUCGUCCUCGAAACUUCCUGGACCGCCCCACGACGCCUUCAACAUUGGCCGAAGAAUCGACCUUCUCAAGACGAGGGAUCAAACCGCCCUCUCUUCCUACCUCGCAGAAGAAGACAACGGCUACCACUAUCUGGAAGUUCCCUUUCGGAAUUUCAAUCUCGCGCUUGUCGACAAUGCCACGGCCGAAUACACCUUUCUCGCGUCAUUUUUUUCGCCAGCACUCUCGUAUAGUACCAUCUCUCGGCAUUUUACUUACAUAUUUGAGCCCACAUUUGCUCAGGGCCAUAGUCUAACCAAGAGUCUUGUCUCUGAAUCAUAUGAUGCACUAGGCCUACUGCUCUCGAUUCGACUCAACCAGCACUUUCAAUUCACACUGCAACGCCGCAAGGUUCCUGCCGCGGAUGGCUAUAUUAAUGGAACCUCCAUGUUACUGUGGCCACGACUCCAGUCUGUCAUGAAUGCCCACUGCGAGUCUGUCCGUGCUCUAACAACUGCGUUGCCUACGCGUCCGGCUUCAAAGUCUGAGCUGUUGAAGUUGUCUGCAGCGCCGCAUGUUGCGACUCAGCGCUUUGGACAGCUCAUGCACGGCAUUUUAUCACUUAGUACCGAGGCUGGGGACGAUGAGCCCGUUGUUGCCAGCCUCCGCCGCCUGAGGAGCGAGGUGGAAGCCUUCCUGACCAAGUAUAGCGGCCAGUGGGGAUCGGACAAGCGAAAGAGAGAGCGCUUCCUGUAUAACAACUAUAGUCUGGUGUUGACCAUUAUCAGCGACACAACGGGCAAAUUCGCCGUUGAGGAGCAAGAGCACUUUGAGGGUCUCAAGACGGCUUUCCAAGACGCUGCUUAG